UCCAACCCGUCCUAAUGUCCGGCCGGUAUCGCACUGUACUUGUGCAACUUUUCCUGGAGCGGCUGGUUGGUCGCAUCUCAGCCGCUCUGUAACUUCAACAGCCGCUAUGUCGUUUCUGGAGCAACCCUGGUGUCCGACCAGCGUCCAGGUGACCGUCCUCCAAGCCCGCGGCCUCAGGGCGAAGGGCAAAGGCGGCACCAACGACGCGUACGCGCUCAUCCAAAUGGGCAAAGACAAGUACCAGACCUCCGUGGUGGAGAAGAGCGUGGCGCCCGUGUGGAAGGAGGAAGCCGCUUUCGAGCUGCCGCAGCAGGGCACGGGAGGGGAGCGAGGCACGCUGCACGUCCACGUCCUGCACAGAGCCCUGGUCGGUCCGGACAAGCUGUUGGGUCAGGCCGUCAUCGAUUUGGGACUGCUCGCUCAGGAUAAGAGCCGUAACAAAACUGAGUGGUUCAAGUUACUGGACAAGAGCGGCAAGUCGGAUAAAGACCGAGGCGAGGUGCUGGUGGACAUCCAGUUCAUGAGGAACAACAUGACGGCCAGCAUGUUCGACCUCACCGCCGUGGGCAAGCCUCGAUCCCGUCUGGGCAAGCUCAAGGACAAAGUCCGGGGCAAGAAAAAAGAACCGGAUGCGGUGGCGUUGUCGUUCAGGCAGGUCCUCACUGACAGCGAGGAAGAUGAAGAGGAGAGCGUGGCUGGCGGAGCAGGUGCGGGCGAAGAGAAGAAGAAGAAAGCUAAACUCAAAUCUUUGUUUUCGCACAAGUCCAACUUGCAGAGGAACAUGUCACAGUCCAUGUCCGUCCUGCCUGCCAAGAACUCCUCACUGAGCGGCAGCUUAUCAUCUGGGCUCAAUGUGGAUGCCUCAGAAGGUAAGAAGAAGUUCAAGUUCAUGAAACACAAACGCUCCGGCAGCUCGGACAAUAAAGAGGCGUCUCAGAAACGUGCCGCUGUGGAAAAGAGCAACCUUUGCAUCAAUGGCAGUCACGUUUACUGCGAGGAACCGCUGCCUCGCACCACGCGAAUCGGAUCCAACUUCAGUCUGACCAGCUCGGGACACGGAUCCAUGGAAGAUGUUCCGGAAAGCUCCCCGCCGCCCGUCGAAUCGCUUCCUGUGAUAAGGCAGUACACACCCUGGGAGGAGGAGGAGGAGGAGGAGGAAGAAAUGAGGAACGAGGAAGUGGACAACAAGGAGGAGAUGAAAAGGGGAAAAGAGCAUGCGGAGAAAGAGAAGGAGCAGGAGAGGAGAAGACGAGAAGAAGAGGAGAGGGAAAGAGAUGAAGAAAAGGCCAGAAACGAGCAAGAAGAGGAAGCAAGAAGACAAGAAAUGGAGAAGAGACGGGAUAAAGAAGAAGAGAGGAAAAAGGAAGAGGAGAGAAUGAGACGAGAAGAACUGGAAAGAUUAGAAGAGGAACGGAUGAGACGAGAGGAAGAGGAGAGGGUCAGAAGAGAAGAACUGGAAAGGUUAGAAGAGGAAAAGAUGAGACGAGAGGAAGAGGAGAGGAUGAGACGAGAAGAACUGGAAAGGUUAGAAGAGGAAAAGAUGAGACGAGAGGAAGAGGAGAGGAUGAGCCGAGAAGAACUGGAAAGGUUAGAAGAGGAAGAGGAGAGGAUAAGAAGAGACGAGCAAAAACAGUUAGAGGAAAAAAGAAGGGAGGAAGAAGAGGAGAGGCUGAGAAGACAAGAACUGGAAAGGUUAGAAGAGGAGAAGUUGAGACGGGAGGAGGAAGAGAGGAAAAGAGAGGAAGAGGAGGAAGAGGAGAGGGUCAGAAGAGAAGAAGAGCAGGAACGGUUAGAAGAAGAAAAGCGACGGGAGGAGGAAGAGGAGAGGCUGAGAAGACAAGAACUGGAAAGGUUAGAGGAGAAGUUGAGAUGGGAGGAAGAAGAGAGGAAAAGAGAGGAAGAGGAGAGGAUCAGAAGAGAAGAAGAGCAGGAACGGUUAACGGAGCAAAAGAGACAAGAAGAAGAGAAGCUGAGAAGACAAGAACUGGAAAGAUUAGAAGAGGAGAAGCUGAAAUGGGAGGAAGAACAGCGCAAACGGGAUGAAGAGAAGGCAAGAGAGGAGAGAAUGAGGAGACAAGAAGAACAAGAACGAUUAGCUGAGGAGCAUCAGAGACUUGAAGAAGAGAGGGAAAGGAAUGAAGAGAAGGCGAGAAAGGAAGAAGAGGAGAAAAUCAGGCUGGAGGAGGAGGCCUUCCAAGAGAAAAUUCGAAAGGAGGAUGAGGAGCGUGCAAGACGACGAGAAGAACAAGAGGAGCAACGUAGACUCGAAGAGAGAAGGGAAGAAGAGAAGGCGAGAGAGGAGGAAGAGGAGCGAGUGAGGAGACAGAGAGAAGAGCAGGAACGGUUGGAGGAGGAAAGAAGGGAGGAAGAGCAGAAAAUGAUGGAGGAGGAAGCUCGAGAAGCCAAAAGAAAGGAGGAAGAGCAAAAGAGAAAACUUGCUGAAGAAGAGGAACGCCAAAGGGUUGAGGACGCGAGGAGGGAAGAAGAGCAGAAAAAGUUGGAGGAGGAAGAAAAGGAGGAGCAAGAAAGGCGAUGGAAGGAUGAAGAAGAAGAGAAAAGGAGGGAUGACGCAAAGAGGGAUGUUGACAAUCCACAAGUGAAUUCCUCCAAUCCGUUUGAAGAAGAAGUUUCGAAUCAUCCCUUUGAGGACAACAACGCACCUUCUAGGUCAGACCCAACCAUCGUCACCCAAAGUUUGCAACAGCCUGAGACCUCAACCACAAUCGAUCAACGCGAGAAGCGACCAGCGCCUCAGCCGCCCGGAAGAACUGAAACUUCACCGAUUACCGAGCAGGUCAAAGACAAGGAGGUGAAAACCGCCAGUGUUUCUCCCCAGCGCUCGGUGCAGACCAUCCCUCCUCGAAGUCGAUCUCCCACAGAUGCGCAAAAACAUAAACGCCCAGCACCGUCAAUACCGAGCACCGAGUCCAAGCCAGAAGCGAACAGCUUGAAUCCAUUUGAUGAUGACGACGAUGAUGGGAUCGAGUAUGCUGCGCAAGCUCACGUCUCCUCUUCGGUGUCAUGGCCGCCGCCCGUGUCCCAAACUCCCGAUCCAGACGCCAAAGUCAAAUCUUGUAAAGUGGCCCGUGCCCCUGCACCUCCCGCCAAGACGGCUGCUGUAUCAAGCACGCAAAGUAACACUUUACCCGAUGAUGCUAAAACCCAAGCACAGACUUUGGCGCACCGGGAGAGUUUGCCGAAAGAACCCAAGCCGAGCACGCCGCAGCACGGGCGGGAUGUAGGCGGGAAGAAAGAAGCGCCUCCACCACCGUCACGCAGACUACAUCCUGUGAAACCGCUCAGUGCACAAGAACAACAUCCUGUCGUCACGGAGGUCCAAGGAGACAAAAAGAAAAUGGUGGGAAAUGUUGGUCAAGUUGAGGAGAACACAAAGGUGAAAGUCGGGCCCUACUCGAUGCUCACCCGGGAAGAACUCAUCUCUCUGGUGGUAAAGCAGGAGACGCAGCUUCAGAACAAGGACCGAAAGAUUGCCCAGCUGGAGCAGUACAUCGACAACUUACUCGUGCGCGUCAUGGAUGAACAACCGAGCAUUCUCUUGUCUAUGAAAAAAGUCGUCUAGGUGGGUUUGGCUUUUUUUGCCUACUUUUCUCUGCAUUUCAAAGAUAUUUAGCUGAAAUUAGACAGUUCUUUGUUACAAUUGAGCAGUUAUUGACUGUCUUAAACUGUUAAAUGUUGCCAACAUAAUUCCUAUCUUAAGAGCAGAAAUUGCUUCUGUCCAUCAUCUUUUGUAAAUGUUUACCUUUUUGAUGGUUCUAGUUCCGCAUUUGUUACAUAUACACGUCUUCUUGCACUGAUUAAAUGUUUACAUGAUCCAAAAAAAAAGCACUUUACUGAGCUUGCGUUAGAAUCUCAACACUGAUUGCAAUGUACUGUUGUAAAGUAUUAACAUAUCUGAGACCAAAACAAAAUGCCAAAUUAAGUGCUGUUUUUCCUCUUUCCUAAUUCUCACGCGUGUGUGGAUGCUUUGUCUAUUUUCAAACUGUACAAAAAAAAUUGUUGUUUGUAUUUACUGUACAAGAAUAUUGAAUCAUUUUUAGUUCCCAAAAUUGUUACAAGAAUAAAGUAUUUGCGAUAAUCA